CCGUACAAAGUGAACUCAGGGAUACGGGACCAGUUGUAUUUAAAACCGUCUACUGAGCCCAGUGAUCUGUAUUAGGUUUCUUUUGGUGUUAUCUAAAAGAUCUUAUCUAGAAAAGUUUAGAAAGUUACAAACUUAGCCCAUACUGCUGUAUAACAUUCCAGUCAAGAUUAUCUGAUAAAAAGUUACGUCAAAGUUUAUCAAACAGUUCUAAUUCUGAUUUAGAUAUCAUUUAUUGAUUUUAUCGAUCUCGUGUUUACACAGUCUAAGUACAUAAACCGCCGAAGAUUUUAUUUAGUGUCAUUGAGAAAAAAGCCGCAUAGAUUAUUAUAUCAUAGUCCAUUCUUAAUUAAUAUAGAUACUUCAUUUGUUAACGCAAAUCUACGACCUUGAAAAUCAAGAACAAUGGCCGGUCAAAUAAUGAGAUGGAUUUUAGGUUGUGGUUUUCUAAAUAAUAAAUCAAAGCAAUACACGUACAGUGAGAGCUCUACUCCCAAGGUGAUCAACGACCCUGUACACGGCCACAUCAGCCUCAGCCCUGUGUGCCAGAGAAUUGUGGACAGCAAAUAUUUCCAGAGACUCCGUCGUCUCAAGCAGCUGGGCAUGGUCUACUACGUGUAUCCUGGUGCUGCCCACAACAGAUUCGAGCACUGUCUGGGUACUUAUUACUUGGCUGGCGUGUUUGCCCGCACGCUACGAGAUAACCAACCAGAGCUAGGAAUAACCCAGCAAGACAUCACUUGUGUAGAGAUAGCUGGUCUGUGUCAUGAUUUAGGUCAUGGACCAUUUUCGCAUGUCUUUGAUAAUCGGUUUAUGCCGAUGGUUGGAGUUACAAAUUGGAAGCACGAAGACAUGUCUCUCACGCUCUUUGAUGCCAUAGUAAAGGAGUUAAAAUUAACUGAGAAAGCCCAACAGAGCUCUUCGACUGGGGGCCAAUGGAGGGAAUCAGAGAAAUUAUCUAACGAUGAUGUGACUUUCAUAAAGCAAAUGAUUUAUGGGAAGCCGCACAAGGACCUAAAACCAUCAAGGAGUUCUGAAGAGAAGCAUUUCCUUAUGCAGAUAGUAUCCAAUGAAGAGAGUGGAGUAGAUGUCGACAAGAUGGACUACUUUGCCAGAGACUGCCACCAUCUUGGAUUUAAAAACAAUUUUGACCACAUCCGUUACAUGAAGUUAGCCAGAGCAAUAAAAGUCGAUGGUAAAUGGAGGAUAUGUGUGAGAGACAAGGAGGUCCCUAACCUGUACAACAUGUACCUGACGAGAUACACUCUGACAAGAUUCGCCUACAACCACAAGGUCAACCGCUCGAUGGAGCUGAUGCUAACUGAUGCUCUCAAAGCCGCCAAAGGCUUUGAAAUACAAUACGCUGUUGAAAAGGUUGUUAAAAGUUUUACAAUCUCUGAGUGCAUAAAAGAACCAGAAGCUUACAACCAACUGGACGACACAAUUCUAGUUAAGAUUCUUCAAGCGCAGGGAUCAGACUUUAAUAAGGCUAAAGAGAUUAUCCGAAGAAUACAAAACCGUCAGUUUUAUCCAGUCAUUUAUGAAAGCCCUACUUUAUUUACAGAAUUGUUUCCAUCAAAGCAAGUUAUGAAGGAGACGAUAAAGAAAAAAUACGAUGAACUAAAAGAGGAGCUACCAGAAAAUAAAAGAAAGGAUAUAACAACUGACAUGAUCCAGUUAGAGCAGGACAAAUUUGUCACUUUGACAAUAUUUCAAAAGAUUUUCGACAAGCUCAUCAAGCAAGUAGAGACGUGCGAAGGAUAUAAAAACUGGGAUAAGCAAACAACCGACAGCGUCACAGCUUGCCUUAAACAAGUGUCACAAAAACUCACCGGCAUGGUUCUAGUAAAAGACUUAAACUUUGAUAAUGGAAAUGAUGUUCAAACAAAUAUCCAGUCUGAAUUCGAUAAAUUGAAAGAUGCGAAUUCCCCGCUCAACAAGGGUAAAACCUUAUCAAACAUCAAAGCGAUAAUCGACCAGAUGCACCACUUGGCUGAGAACUAUGUUAUACAGGUAUAUGGCUUAGACUUUGGAAAGAAGGAGAAAGAUCCUCUUGAAGAACUUUAUAUAUACACAAAGGGUGCCGAUGGUGCAAAACAGAUGAAAAAAGGGGAGUUCAGUAAGAUACUACUACCACUGACCUAUCAAGAGGCCAUAGUCAGAGUGUUCUGUAGGAAAUCUGAGACCGACAUGGACAAAAACCUGAACAAGCUGGUCAAAGAAAGCUUUAAAGAUUGGUUCAAAGAAAAUCAGAAAGAUGUAAAAGCUCAGGUUAACGAACGUAUAAUAUAUGAAGCGGGGAAAAUGCUGGAAAGAAAAAAAAAUAAUGAAGUGACUACGUAGAAGGAAAUACCUUCCGACCAGCCUGUGCUGAGCUGUUUUUAUUUUAUAAGGCUGGCUUAUCUAAGUUUCUAAGAUUCUUUAAUUUCAUAACAACAAA